GCAGAGUUGGCCGAAAUCCCUGCCUGCAGCUGCAGUGCUGCAAUACGCUUUGCAGAGAAAUGGCUAUCCUACUCUCCACUGCCUCAUAUCUCUCGACAACAACCACUACCCUGAGGUUUAAGCUCCCCAAUAAUGGCGGCGAUGGGAGAGGAGGAGACCCAUCAACAAGUUGUUUAUUUACUGGCGUGAGGAGGAAGGAGAGCAACAACGGAAGGUCUUCUUGGCAGCUAUACUGUUCGUUGAAGGGAGAAAAACGCACUUCAACAACACAGACCCAGCUCGUGAAAGGUUCGGGAAAAGGCCCUCGUUACCCAAUCCUGAGUGAAGGGCGAGAUGAAGAUGAGAGCCUUGGCCAUGUCUGUCCUGGCUGUGGGGUUUUUAUGCAAGAUAAAGACCCAAAUCUCCCCGGUUUCUACCAGAAAAGGAGGGCCCCUCAGAAAGAAACAGCUGAAGACGAGGACGAGGAGGCUUUUUCGGAUCAAUUCGAUGAUGAAUUGGAAGAAUUUGAUGAAGGGGAGGACGAGGAAGAGUUAUCAGAAGGGUUCCAGAGUAAACUUGAAAGAAGCGAUGAAGAAGGAGAUGAAUUGGAGAAGGAUGAUGGGAUUGAUUGGAGCUCUGACGAUUGGGAAUUUGAAAUUGAAGAUGAAGACGAGAAGCGGAAGAAGGAGUUGGACGGGUUUGCGCCUGCUGGAGUUGGGUAUGGCAACAUUACUGAAGAGACGUCGAGGAAGGUAAAAAAGCAGAAGGUUUCAAAAGCUGAGAAGAAGCGGAAGGCUAGAGAAGCUCUCAGAAACGAAGAAGUAGUGGCUACUGUUUGUGCUCGGUGCCAUUCGUUAAGAAAUUAUGGGCAGGUGAAGAACCAGAAAGCAGAGAACUUGAUACCCGAUUUCGACUUUGAUCGAUUGAUAACCACUCGGUUGAUGAAACCCUCCAGUGCCUCCGAUGCUAUAGUUGUAGUUAUGGUGGUUGAUUGCGUUGAUUUUGAUGGUUCGUUCCCCAAACGGGCAGCAAAAUCAUUGUUCAAGGCAUUGGAAGGAAGCAAGAAGGACCCAAAGCUCGGCAAGAACUUACCGAAGCUAGUCCUGGUCGCAACAAAGGUCGAUCUUCUUCCGUCUCAGGUUUCACCGUCAAGAUUAGAUAGGUGGGUUCGAAAUCGUGCUAAGGCUGGAGGGGCACCCAAAUUAAGUGGUGUUUAUCUGGUUAGUGCACGUAAGGAUCUUGGUGUUAGGAAUUUGUUGUCAUUCAUCAAAGAGUUGGCAGGCCCUCGAGGGAAUGUAUGGGUGAUUGGGGCUCAGAAUGCAGGUAAAUCUACUCUUAUUAAUGCAUUUUCCAAGAAAGAAGGUGCAAAGGUUACAAAGCUAACUGAAGCUGCGGUUCCUGGCACAACGCUUGGGAUCAUAAGAAUUCGAGGGAUUUUACCUGCCAAAGCAAAGAUGUAUGACACUCCUGGCCUCCUGCAUCCAUAUUUGAUGUCGAUGAGAUUGAACAGGGAGGAGCAGAAGAUGGUUGAGGUCCGGAAGGAGCUGCAGCCUCGAACUUACAGGAUAAAGGCAGGGCAGGCAGUCCAUGUUGGUGGUUUAAUGCGGCUGGACUUGAAUCAAGCUUCGGUACAAACCAUUUAUGUAACAAUAUGGGCAUCGCCAAAUGUUUCCCUUCACUUGGGAAAAAUAGAAAAUGCAGAUGAAAUCUGGAGAAAGCAUGUGGGCACCAGGUUACAGCCUCCCGGCAGUGUAGAUCGGGUACCUGAACUUGGGAAAUGGGAGCAGAGAGAAAUUAAGGUAUCUGGCAACAGCUGGGAUGUGAACAGUAUUGAUGUUGCAGCUGCUGGGCUUGGUUGGUUUUCUUUAGGACUCAAAGGGGAGGCAACCUUGACAAUAGGGACAUAUGAUGGCAUUGAGAUGACAGUGCGUGAGCCAUUGGUUCUUGAUCGGGCACCAUUCCUUGAGAGAUCUGGCUUCCUACUACCCAAGGCAAUAUCCGAUGCUAUUGGCAACCAAACUAAGCUUGAAGCAGAAGCGAGGAAGAAGCUUGAAGAAGAGAGUGUUGAGGUUUAAUCACUUUAAAAGAUUAGAACUUCUCUUUCAGAAAUUAUCGUCUGAACUAUGAAGGUAGAAGGAAAAAGAUGCCCAACCCCAUGCACCCAUGUCAGCAACCAAGACAGGGAGUUAGAAAAAUGUGAAGAAGCUUCAAGAUGAGAGAAUGGAGUCUAUUCUGGAAGCAAUCAUUUGGAGAAACAAUGCUGCUCAGUUUUUCUGCACUGUGUUCAGAAUUCAAAUUCUGGCCACGUUAAUGAAACACCAUGUUAAAUGUUCCUCACCGGGUUUUCUGUGUAUAGUGAAGGGAGCUAUUACCCAAUUCUCGUGUUAGUACCAUGUCAAGAGGGGCAUCAACAUUACCAUAAAAAGUAACUCAGAUCCUGAUUACACCCCAAACAUGUGUAUGAAUUAGGUUUUGACUGGCUAGAGGGACCAUCAUCAACUCAUACUUUUGAUAAUUGAUGGUAAAACCUGGUUCAAAUCUCUUGUUCUUCCAAUUUACUUUCAUGAGUCAAUUUGAAAUGUUCGACAAUUUGAUUUUAUUCUUUUGAUAUUAAACAAUUUGGCAUUCCAAUCA